AUGCUCUCUCGCGGGCUCCGUCCUCACGCACGCCGCCUCCAUGCCACACUCAUCCGGGGGUACAUCAUAGGGCCCUCCGAUCCCAUUUCGAACCUCCGGCCAGUCAUCUACGACGAUGCGGUGUCCGAGCCGCGCACGGGCGUCACGCACCCGUACUCACUGAGGGAGUUUUCGGGCGACACGACAGAAUAUCAGUGGGAGAUGCAACGACAACAGCUCGACGCAUACAACCACGUCUUCUGGACCGACAGCAACCUGCGCUUCAACGCGGCGAAGCGCGCCUUCCUCGACAGCCUCCCCGACGCGUGCUCCGCCGAGGACAGCGAGUUCGCGCUCUCCGAGUUCUACAGGCGGUGGGCGGACCAGGAGGCGGACCGCCAACGCGCAUACAGCGUGGAGUGGCGCAGGCGCAACUGGGCGAGCGUGCUCCUCGGCGCACGGCUCGCGUACGAGAGGGCGAUGGAGAGGAUCGCGGAUCCGUUUGGGGGCGGGAGGCAACAGUAG